AUGAGCGGCGGUCCUCAGCCAAAGGGGAUUCAGUUCAGUAGACUCUACUCGUUUUCAUGUUUUAGGUCUUCUUUUAGGGAUGAACAUAGUCAGAUUGGGCAAAAGGGUUACUCUAGGGUUGUGUACUGUAAUGAACCGGACAGCUCGGAGCAGCUUUUGCUCAGCCCGUUAGCUCCUUACGCGGCUUCAAGCAUUCUUGCGCCUUUGCUCUUAGUGAUUGGGACAACAAUGGCUAAGGAAGGGAUCGAGGAUUGGAGGCGUCGGAAGCAGGACAUAGAGGCCAACAAUCGGAAGGUUAAAGUCUGUUCAAGAUAUCAGAAUUUUCAAUACACAAGAUGGAAGAAUUUAAGAGUUGGUGAUCUCGUCAAAGUUCACAAGGACGAAUACUUUCCUGCAGAUCUUCUCCUUCUUUCUUCAAGCUACGAAGAUGGAAUAUGCUAUGUCGAGACCAUGAAUCUCGAUGGAGAGACUAAUCUGAAAGUAAGGCAUGCUCUUGAUGUCACAUCCUCAUUAAACGACGAUAAUUCCAUCCGAAAAUUCAAGGCCGUAAUUAAAUGUGAAGACCCAAAUGAAGACCUUUACACCUUUGUUGGUACUCUGUACUAUGAAGGUCAACAAUAUCCUCUCUCUCUUCAACAAUUUCUCCUUAGAGAUUCGAAACUACGAAACACUGAGUAUGCUUAUGGAGUAGUUGUUUUCACCGGCCACGACACUAAAGUCAUGCAAAAUGCCACUGAUCCUCCUUCAAAGAGAAGCAAAAUCGAGAAAAGAAUGGAUCAAAUUAUAUACGUUUUAUUUAGCAUGCUAAUGCUAGUCUCUUUUAUCGGGUCUUUCUUUUUCGGCAUCAGUACAAAAAACGACAUAGAAAAAAAUGGGACGAUUUUAAAGCGGUGGUACCUCAGACCUGACGAGACUACUGUUUUUUUCGACCCCGAAAAAUCUGCAUUAGCCGCAUUUUUCCAUUUUUUAACGGGGCUUAUGCUUUACGGCUAUCUCAUACCUAUAUCCUUGUAUGUCUCUAUCGAGCUAGUAAAAGUCUUGCAGAGCAUAUUCAUUAAUCAAGACAGGGAUAUGUAUUUCGACGAAGGGGAUAAACCUGCUCGUGCGAGGACUUCAAAUUUGAACGAGGAGCUCGGGCAAGUUGACACGAUUCUUUCUGAUAAAACGGGCACUCUCACGUGCAACUCGAUGGAUUUCGUUAAAUGCACGGUUGGCGGAGUAGCUUAUGGCCGUGGGAUGACCGAAGUAGAAAAGGCACUCGCUAAGCGAAAAAAUAACGAGGCGCAUGAAGAUGAUAUAGAAAGCUUAACGCCUAAGAAGAAAACGAUAAAGAGUUUCAAUUUUAGUGACGAGCGGAUUAUGGAUGGUCGGUGGGUUUACGAGCCUCAUGCGGAGAUUAUUCAGAAGUUCUUUAGAGUGUUGGCGCUUUGUCAAACGGCUAUUCCGGAUUUCGAUCGAGAGACUGGUGAAGUCACUUAUGAAGCUGAGUCGCCGGAUGAAGCUGCUUUUGUCAUUGCUGCAAGGGAGCUCGGGUUCGAAUUCUUCGAGAGGACUCAAACGAGUAUAGCUUUGCAUGAAUUGGAUCACAAAAGUGGCAGAAAAAUUGAAAGCGUGAUGUUUGAAAGGCUUUCAGAUGAUGUGCAAGAUUUUAUGGCUGUAACAAAGGAUCAUAUCAAGAAAUAUGCUGAAGCCGGGCUACGAACUUUAGUAGUUGCAUAUCGUGAGCUCAGUGAAUCGGAAUUUAGGUCAUGGGAAGAGGAGUUUUUGAUGGCCCAAACAUCCUUAACUGCCGAUAGAGAUGCAUUAGUGGAGGAAUGUGCUGAUAAGAUAGAGAGGAACUUAGUUCUCCUUGGUGCUACAGCCGUUGAGGACAAACUGCAAAAGGGGGUCCCUGAAUGCAUUACCAAGCUUGAAAAUGCUGGAAUUAAAAUUUGGGUUAUAACAGGUGAUAAGAUGGAGACUGCCAUAAAUAUUGGGUAUGCUUGUAGCUUACUCAGAGACGACAUGAAGCAAAUAGUAAUUACUUUAGACUCGUCCGAGAUUACAGAGCUAGAAAAACAUGGAGACAAAGAGGUUGUUGCAAAGGCUUCAAGCACAAGCAUAACAAAUCAAAUCCGAGAAGGAAAACUUCAGUUGAGCUUGUCUGGAGGAAACUCUGCUGCCUUUGGCUUGAUAAUUGAUGGCAAGUCAUUGGCUUUUGCACUCAACAAGAAUCUGGAAGACUCGUUUUUGGAUCUUGCAAUGAAUUGUGCAUCUGUCAUAUGCUGCCGGUCCACGCCUAAACAGAAAGCACUUGUUACAAGAUUGGUUAAAAAGGUCAAGGGCAGAACAACUCUGGCUAUUGGAGAUGGGGCAAAUGAUGUGGGAAUGCUUCAAGAAGCUGAUAUUGGGGUUGGCAUAAGUGGUGUUGAAGGCAUGCAGGCUUCAAUGUCGAGUGACUUUGCUAUAGCUCAGUUUCGGUUUCUCGAAAGGCUUUUGUUGGUUCACGGCCACUGGUGCUACAGACGAAUAUCUAUGAUGAUAUGCUAUUUCUUUUACAAGAACAUUGCUUUUGGGUUCACUCUAUUCUGGUUCGAAGCUCACGCCUCUUUCUCCGGACAACCAGCUUAUAACGAUUGGUACAUGUCGACUUACAACGUGUUCUUUACUUCACUUCCCGUGAUCGCACUUGGUGUUUUCGACCAGGAUGUUUCUGCUCGACUCUGUCUAAAGUACCCGGCCCUAUACCGUGAGGGAGUUGACAACAUCCUCUUCAGCUGGACCCGCGUGCUCGGCUGGAUCUCCAACGGCAUUCUCACUUCAAUGAUCAUCUUCUUCUUCACCACCAAAUCAGGCCUUCUUCAAGCCUUCCGCCAUGACGGCCACUCGCUCGAUUACGAGGUCCUCGGCGUCCUCAUGUACACGUGUGUCGUCUGGACCGUCAACUGCCAGCUGGCGCUCUCCAUCAACUACUUCACUUGGAUCCAACACCUCGUCAUCUGGGGCAGCACCGCCACCUGGCAUGUGUUCCUGCUUGUUUACGGGUCCAUCACGCCCGUUAUAUCCACCACGGCUUAUCGGGUCUUUGUCGAGGCAUGCGCCACGUCAGCAUUUUACUGGUUGGUGACAUUACUUGUGGUGGUGUCGGCCCUGAUGCCGUACUAUCUCUACAGGGCCUUACAGACCGAGUUUUGCCCUAUGGUCCAUGAUGUGAUCCAGAGGAUGAGGGUUGAGGGAGGGGGACCGUUGGGCCCGGACGGGCCCGAUGGGGGGAGGGUAAUUGUGGAAAGAGUGGGGAAAGAGGAAGAUACGUUGCUGAGUAAAUAUUGAGAUAUAUGAUUAUUGGUUGGUGGUGAUGGUAAGAGAGAUUGGGUAACAAAAAGAAUAUUAGAUUUGUUUUGUAUAGUUAGAACUCUUGUGGUGUGGGGAGAAAUUUUUUUACAUGUAUAUUGGUUAUUAUGAGCUAAUUUUCGUGUGGUGGAUAUUGAUGAACAUGUGACUGUCAUGCGUUUUUCUUUUAUUUCUUUUUUGUUUUUUUGUUGUUCUGUUUUUAUUAAUAUGGAACGAUGUCGUAUUAGGAUGGGUGCACUUUUGAAUUUGAGCGGGCUACUUAAAUGAACCGCGUGUGAAAUGAGAUUUUGAUUUUGUCC